GGACUCUGCGGUGAAACCAGAAGAAGAAGAAGAAGAAGCGGAAGUGAAGCAGGUUUCCUGACGGAUCAGCGGUUAACGGCUUCAACCAGCAACUAACCAGCAGUUCAACCAUUUUCCAGGAGGACCAGACCGCCGGACUGAAGAGUCACCAUGACAGCCGCUCCCUACAACUACUCCUACAUCUUCAAGUACAUCAUCAUCGGAGAUAUGGGCGUCGGGAAGUCAUGUUUGCUUCAUCAGUUCACAGAGAAGAAAUUCAUGGCCGACUGUCCUCACACCAUUGGCGUGGAGUUUGGGACCAGGAUCAUGGAGGUCAACGGUCAGAAGGUGAAGCUGCAGAUCUGGGACACGGCGGGUCAGGAGCGCUUCAGGGCCGUCACCAGGUCCUACUAUCGGGGGGCAGCGGGGGCCCUCAUGGUCUAUGACAUCACCAGGAGAAGUACCUACAACCACCUGAGCAGCUGGCUGACGGACGCCCGGAACCUGACAAACCCAAACACAGUGAUCAUCCUGAUCGGGAACAAGGCGGACCUGGAGGCUCAGAGGGACGUGACGUACGAAGAGGCCAAGCAGUUCGCCGAGGAGAACGGUCUGCUGUUCCUGGAAGCCAGCGCCAAGACAGGAGAGAACGUAGAGGAGGCGUUUCUGGAGGCGGCCAAGAAGAUCUACCAGAACAUCCAGGACGGCAGUUUGGACCUGAACGCGGCCGAGUCCGGCGUCCAGCACAAGCCGUCGGCGCCGCAGGGCGGCCGGCUCAACGCCGACAGCCAGCCGGCCAAGGAGGGCUGCAGCUGCUAGCCUCAGAACCGGAUUGGUACCGGACCCGACCCGACCGGCACCGCCACGCAGAGCCACAACCGGUUCCAUCAGAACCCAAAUCACUGAUCCUAUCAGCUUCACUAAAUCAUGUCUCUGAUCCUCCUCUGGUACCAGAACCAGUCCAGCUCCGAGUCAGAACCCAAACCCGUCUCAGUCCAAUCAGAACCACAUGGACUCCCAACUGAAUCCAGAAGGUCCUCUUAAAAUCCUGAGGCCCGGUCAGGACCGGUACCGGUCCACAUCCAGUCCUGUCCGGGUCGGGUCGAAUCAGUCCACAAACAUCGGGUUAAGUCUUUCCGACUCCAGGAAUCCACCAGGGAAACAGAACCGGGUCCCAAACUGGGCCGUCCAGAGCACAACAAUCAGAACCAUCUGGAUUUCCAUCUGGGUCCAAGUUUCUUUUGGUUCUGGUCUCGACCCAAGUUUGGUGGCUCCAGAUGUUUCUUCAAUUUAAAAAUAAAAAAUAAUCAUCCUGGUUCUGAAAGUCCAACCCAGAUACUGGGUCGCUGGUUCUGCUGCAGCACAGAACAGAGAAAAACAAUAAUAAUAAUAAUAAUAAUUAUUAAAAUGUUUAAUAAAUCAAAUAAUAUUUUAUAAAAGCUGGUUUUAAUCGGACUCUUCCAGAACCAUCUCACAGGCCCGGUUCUGUGAGCCCAGAUAACAUCGGAUCAGGAAGAACCAGAACCGGAUCUUUUAUGAAAUGUUUUUAGCCAAAUGUUUCCUGGCGGCGCCCCCUGGUGGCCGGAGUGGAACCAGCUUAACGGAUCUUUGAGGAGAACUUCCUGUUCACUGAUCGGGUCGUUGGGUCGCUUACAGACCCGGUUCUGGUUCUCCCAGACGGGCCGAUGUUUACGGCCCGGCUAGUUCUGCAGCUAACCGGAUUCAUCUGAGCCGAUAAAAUUCCUGCCAAAUUCUAGAAAUAAAAACCAGAUGAAUCUUAAAAGUGCGUCUCACAGAAGGGAAUCUGACCUUUGACCUGCUGUGGCUUUUGACGGAUUUCAGAUUCAAAUCAGAUCCAUUUUCCCAUGAGGAACCGGUUCAGUUCUGAUCCAUCACUCCAUUUUGACCCAGUUCUAGUCCAGUUCUGACCCAGCUGAUUCGGUUCUGAUCUGGUUCUGACCCAGUUCUCAUCCAGUUGACUCGGUUCUGAGCUGGUUCUGGUGCCUCUCAGUUCCAGCUGUGUAUAUCCGGGGAACUAUCUGCUGAUUGGUUGACGCUCGGCUCCUCCAUGUUUUUAUAACGCAGCUUCCUCUUCCUCCUCCUCCUCUUCCUCAGUCCCAUCAUCAGAACAGUGAGAUCAUCUUCAUCCUCCUCAUCAUCAUGAACUUCCUUCUUCCUUCUCAGCACUUUAGUUUGUGAAGUUUGUCGGGACCAAAGAGUCGGAAGUUUUCUGGAAAAGUUCUGUUGGUUCUGCCGCCUUAAAGCUUCGCUCACCAAAGGAAAACAGAAGCAUGACAUGACUACACUAACCACGUCCCGCCAGCAGGGGGCGCACAUCGACCGCCGCGCUCUGGCUGCAUCAUGAGCUGCACAUUUCUUCUGUUUUUGAUUUUCUGUCGGCUAGCGCCUCCAUCGAGCUUCUCAUGAUUCUUUUAUUUAUAUGAAAUUGUUCUGAUUCUUCUUCAGCUGUGACUGUCAUUAAACCGCGGGGACUCAGUUAUUUGUAAAUAAAGUAUAAAUACUCUACGUUA